UAUAUAUAUUUUGUUCCACCACAAGAAUAAUGGGCAAGCCAAAGUGAAUCUGCCAUUCGACAUUCAAGCAUGCCGGAGAUCGUCGACACCUCGCCGGAGCCCCACGUUGCCGCCUUGGCCUUUCCCUUCGGCACCCACGCCGCUCCUCUCCUCGCCGUCAUCCGCCGCCUGGCCGCGGCGGCCCCGGCCGCGCACUUCUCCUUCUUCGGCACCGCCCGGUCCAACGCCUCGAUCUUCUCGGCGUCGGAAAGCGACGCGCAACGCAAUGUCACGGCUCACGACGUGCCGGACGGCAUCCCGGAAAACUACGUGUUCUCCGGGAGACCGCUGGAGCACAUCGAUCUGUUCAUGGCGGCGGCGCCGGAGGUAUUCCGCGCCGGCGUCGCGGCGGCGGCGGCUGAGGCCGGGAGGAAGGUGAGCUGCGUGGUGAGCGAUGCGUUCUUUUGGUUUGCGGCGGAGAUAGCGGAGGAAAUGGGAGUUCCGUGGGUGCCCUUUUGGACUGCGGGGCCAGCAUCGCUCUCCGCUCACGUUCACACCGAUGCCUUUAGGCAGAGGAUUAACGAAGUUGGAGGUUUUGUAGGACAUGAAGAUGAACCACUUGAGAUUAUCCCGGGCAUGUCUCGAUUACGAUAUCGGGACUUGCCUGAAGGAGUUGUGUUUGGAAACCUAGAAUCGAGUUUCUCAGAAAUGCUUCAUAAAAUGGGCCUAAUGUUACCCCAUGGAGCCGCACUUUUCAUGAACUCUUUUGAAGAGCUAGACACUGACAUGACAAAUUACCUGAAAUCCAAGUUCAAGAAAUUCCUCAAUGUUGGGCCUUCCAACCUCAUCACACCCCAACCACCACCCUCUAACAAAGUUCCUGAUGCAAGUGGGUGCAUCCCAUGGCUUGACAAGCAAAAUCCCGCAUCGGUCGCCUAUGUUAGCUUUGGCACUGUCAUGACGCCAACCCCAAACGAGAUCACAGCACUUGUCGAGGCACUAGAAGAGAGUGGAGUUACCUUUCUGUGGUCCUUUAGGAACAAUUCUGAGGCCCAUUUGCCAAAUGAGUUCUUGGAAAAUACAAAAGGAAGAGGAAUGGUUUUGCCAUGGGCUCCCCAAAAGGAAGUCCUAGCACAUGAUGCAGUUGGGGUGUUUGUGACACAUUGUGGUUGGAACUCGUUGCUCGAGAGCAUUGCUGGCGCUGUGCCAAUGAUCUGCCGACCAUUCUUUGGUGAUCAAAGGCUGAAUGCGCAGAUGAUCCACCGCGUUUGGGAGAUUGGUGUGGAAGAAGUCGGUGGGGUUUUAACGAAGAAUGGGCUAAUGAAAAGUCUGACAGUGGUUUUGUCACAGGAAGAAGGGAGGAAAAUGAGGGUGAAGAUCAAAAACCUCAAAGAACUUGCGCAGAAGGCUGUUGAGCCGGAAGGGAGCUCAACUCAGAAUUUCAAAGCUUUAUUAGAAACUAUAUUGAAUAAAAGAGACGCAUGACUCCAGGAUUUUUGGUAAAUGAUUCUGUAGUUUUUGUUUGUGAUUCAUGUAAUGAAUUGUGGUUUGAUGGGCUUGCUUGUUUAGCAGUUGAUAAAAAAUUGACUUUAUACAAUAGUAAAAUAUCAGCUGAGCAGCUACUAUGGUUGCAAGUUUAA